UACUUAUCAGCUCGCUACUUAAUAAGACUGCAAAAUAACUCUGCGCUUGUCUACAUCAUCAUUCACCGACAAGAUGAAGUGCAUCAUCAUCAUUUGUUUCGUUCUGUCAGUAACUCUCGAAACUAUUCUUUCGCAAGAUGCUGUUCUGGGUAACAAACUGGAGCAAGCUUCCCUUGCCAGAACAUUCACUCCGGGAGCCUGCGGUGGUGGGCAAACGUCGGUUUGUACAUCCUGUACGACGCUCUCGGUCUGCAUUUCGGCCAACGACGUAAUUGACGUUCCUUGUAACUCGACCACCAAUGCUUACUGUCAACCGGGGGAUGUUGAAGCCAGUUGCUCAACGGAACCGGCCACUGGUUGUGCUGCACCGUCGGACGAAACUGUUGCCAUCACGUGUUCUUCCGUUGGAAUGUUACCAGAUCCUUCAAACUGCAACAUUUACCACGUAUGCAGAGCAGUGCAAGGAAUUUCGGAUGUCUACCAAUGUCCAGCCGGAACGAGAUUUAACCUGUCGGUUCUACAGUGUCGAACUCAGAGUGUGUCGCCUUGCGUGACGGUCACUUGCGGGGCCACCAGUGGAUUCGUGUACUACGGGACUUCACGGCAAUAUUACGCUUACUGUUCGGUGGCAAAUGGUGUGACUAAUCGCUAUAUAUUCAAAUGUCCAAAUCGAGCCACUUUCAAUAUGGCUACCAAUUCUUGCGUCUAUGUCUGCGCCGGUGUUGGAAACUAUGUCAAUACGAAUGAUCCGGCAACGUAUUACCAGUGCUACGUGGCCAACGGUCGCUAUGUGGCUGCGUUGAGACAGUGUCCAGUGGGAACGAGCACCUUCAACCAGACGCUGCAGUAUUGUGUCUAACAGUUUGGCGUUACAGGUUAUUUUAAAUAUUUUAAACACAUAAACAUAUGAAAAUUUACUAUGGUUUUAAAAUCAUGCGUAUGCUUCUUACCCGGUCAACCAGUCAGUGAUUUUCGAUAGCGAACGAUACCGAUUCGUUUUGAAUCGUUGGCGAUCGCCAUCGUUGGACAAAGAUCUAUAAAGAAAUCGGAAAACUGGUUGGUCGGGUAGUUUCCCCUUCCAAUAUGAAAACACUUUCUCGCAUAUUUUGUUUAUGAAUGAAUUAACAUCAUUAACAUUAUUCAGUAGAAAUAUUUAAAAAUAGUCCGCACGCCUUGCUGAAAUAAGAUCCAAAAAUUCACAGGAAAAAAAGUCGGAAUCAAUAAAAUUAUUAUCCUUCUAUGCUGAUUGUAGUAAAAAAAAACGUCUUAAGAACUAAUUCCAUCAGACUAAUCCUAUAGGAUUCAUCAGAAAUCCACAUAAAAACCCAGUUACGAUCGUAUUUCUGUAUGAAUAUAAUAUUAGGCACUAUUCUUAAACACUAAAUAUAAGAUAAGGCACUAUUCUUAUACAUUAAAUACCCUCUUAGAGCGUGACAUGAUGUGAAUUAGGAAUAUUUGAUAUUUAUGGAGGAAUUUAAGGAAGAAUAAUUUGAUUCUAUAGUUAUGGAAAAUUUAAAAUCUUUUGUUACUUGAUCGAAUGAGCUAGGUAAAAUACAAUUUUAUUAUACUCCAAAAA